AUGAAUUUGAACAAUAUUAAUAGCAACACUAUUAUCACACCUUCAAAACGAUCCUCACUUUCAUCACGUGCGAGUAAAAUACCACAAAAAUUAGCACAAUCAUCUUUUUUUUCUUUAAGGCCCUCGACGAGUACCCUGGUUUUAAAUAAUGGAGGAGAAACAGCUUCCUAUCAGAAUGACAACAAUAAUAGACUGACGGCCAGAAUUGGACAAAUGUUAUUUCGACAACGAACAACAAGUGAAUCGGUUAUCAAAGAAACCAAGCCAUUUUCCACACAUAAUGCAGAUUAUUCGACCUUGUCACUUGGAAGAAGUAGCCAACAGUCUCGAAGUUUGGAUCUUUCAAAGAAUAACACAAGUGACAUUACAACAGUAUAUGAAAAAAGUAAUGAUAUACCAAUUGAUGAUAAUAAUCAAAUAGCAACAGCUUCUCCUUAUUAUUCAAUUUCAUCUCCUGAGAGAACAGACUUUUACUCGUAUUAUUAUAACAGUACUACUGCAGCUGUUACUGCUGGUUCAGUAACAACAACAACAAAAGACGAAAAUCCUUUAUUUUCUCCUCUUUCUUUUUCAAACUCAUCAGUUUCUUCUUUUACUGAUUCCAUUAAUAUGAAUACGACACCACCACCUUCCCCCAUGUCACCGAUUAUAUCUAGCUCUAAUACAACCGCUUCCACCGUAUUGAAAUCAGUCGAUGAAUUUGCUGAUAUUUUAAUUGAACGUUGUACUUGGCUUUUAGAUUUGUCUGACAUUGCUUUUUCUCACGUCCGAGAAAUGGAGACAAUCAUUGACCAAACACAGUUUUUAAUAAAUGCCUCCUCUACACAACAAGACACCGAAUUAAAUACACUGUUAAACCAAUGUAAAACUACCAUUGAAAACAUGUAUAAUUCACCUGUACAGUUGAAGGAUCAAGAAACAUCAAUAAAAGCGGUGAUGAAAGAUAUCAGAACCAUCUGUCAAAGGUGCGUAAAACUAUCCUCAAAAUUACCUUCGCUUAGUAAUUGCACAACCGAUCACUUCAGAAAAGAGAUUCCCAAAGUCAUGACAUCAAGCAUCACCGCAGAUGACUACAAAUCCAUGAAAUCUGACCAAAUCGAUGAAAAUGCCACAUGGUUUAGGCAUAACUUUGUUGGAAAACCUUAUCAGACGUUUAUUGGCUCGUUACAACCCAUUGUUUCAAGAUUGCCCUUAAUCGAUGUCGAUAAAAAAAAGCAGCCUGUGCCCAAAAGAAGAAACAGUAAAUCUCUCUUGACAUCCUUUCUAUCCUCUUCCACUUCACAUCAACCCCAGUCGGAGGUCAGUCAUCAGUCUUCGAUCGGCAUAAUAUCGGUCAUCCAGGAACGCGCAAAGGAUUUUAGUGGUCCAGGAAAUGGUGCAGCUGCUAUUCUUGGCUCACAAUACCGUAUUAUUAUCCGAAGUAAGCAACCUGAACAAGCCAGAUUUAUCAUUCAUGAGUGCAUGGCCAAGGAAACUCAAAGCCAAUUAGAAUCGAGAGGCGAAAGUCAUAAACUGAACAAGAUGGUAUCAAAUGAUUAUAAAAGACUUCGACCGUUCAGUAGUAAUAAUAGUAAUAAUAGCAGUAACAACAGCCGACUGAUGAAUAGCGCCAUUACUACCAUCUCGUCAGAAAACCAAAAUACAUUUACAUCCCGAAUGAUUCGUGCAGCGAUAUUGUCUGCUUGUCCAAAUAUAGAUUUACGUUCAUUUAAAGAGCUGUCGGCUGAAUCAACUAUUAUGGCAGGCCUGGAAAAGGAACUGCUCAAGUAUGACGAAAUUCAUAUUCCUAAACAUUACAAGUUUGGUUUGCUCACGAUUAAAAACAAUCAAACAACAGAAGAAGCGUGGUUUUCAAAUACGGGUCUGUCCAGUAACCUCUCACAUUUUCUCUCGCUAAUGGGUAAAAAAAUCGAUUUGAAUGGUUACCAAGGUUAUGCAGCUGGUCUGGAUACAAAAACUGGCGAAUCAGGUGAAUUUGCUUAUAUCUCAAAAUGGAACGAUUUCGAUAUUAUGUUUCACGUUGCACCACUUAUGCCAUCACAAGCAAAUGAUAAACAGCAGGUGCUGAGAAAAAAACAUAUCGGAAAUGAUAUCGUUUGUAUUGUAUUUCUGGAAGGCGAUCAACUGUUCAACCCAAAAGCAAUUCGUUCACAAUUCUUGCAUGUUUAUGUCAUUAUCAGACCUGAAGUGGACUGUCACAAUAACAGACAAUGGAGAGUCGAAGUGCUAAGUAACAAAAAUGUCGGUGAAUUCGGCCCUUCGUUACCCAGCCCACCAGUGUUUAAAGACGAUGAAACACUUCGAGAGUUUUUAACGUUAAAAUUGAUCAAUGCGGAAAAUGCAGCUCUCAAAUCAGAUAAAUUUUGUGUGCCAAACAAUAAGGCACGCUUAGGGUUACUGUCCAGUCAUAUCGAGACGGCCUUCACGUUCAAUACGCCACAAGUCAUGCGAUCGGCUAGUACCAACCGACUGCUGUCUUCCUCCAGUAAAUUCAACAAGUCCGCACCGUUAAAGAAGCAUGGCGGCAAAGACGAAGAGGAGGAGCAGGACGGAUUGGUUAAGCGUAGACCAAAGUCCGUCAACAACAAUAAAUCUACACAUCAUUUACAGAACCAUGGUGGCGGAUCACGACUUCUAAGGGAGGCUAUUUUGGACGAGGAAAAAAGAAGGGUGGUGAUCAUGGCUAGCACAGAUAUACCCCCCAUGCCUUCGGUUUCUAGAUCUACCAUAUUACAGGAUUUCAAAAAGGGGUUUUCAAGGAAAAAAACAACGAGCAGCAGUAGCUCUUUAUCCCCUUCCUCCCAAGAACAGAAGAAGGUGUUGCGAAAAUCAAGUCAACUCAAGAUUAGCAGUAUUCCAGAAGACACGGUUGCUAACAAUACGAAAAAAUUGAAUGACGAAGAAAUGUUCGUGGGCAAAGAUAUAAAUAUCUCGUCCGAGAGCUUUAUUUCAAAAGAACAACUUUUCUCUAUCACGUCUGAAAAGAGACCACCCCAAUCACCCCAAUCACCCGUUAAAACCCUUACACCAAAAUUUAUUAUAACUACAUCUGCCACUACUACUACUACUACAACUACUUCUACAACAGCUACCAAUACCAGCAAUCCGAGCUUGUCUUGGAGAUAA